CUCUGCUGCCCAGGGCCCGUGGUGGCUGGGGUCUGCUGUCCACCGGGCCAGUGACUCUGAGAAGCCCGCAUGCAGCUGUACACACACCACAGCUGCCCAUGCCCAUCUGCACACUGCACACAACUACACACCUCUGGGUGCACAUCGCUCACACAUGGGCACAACCGCCAAACACACAGAAGACUCUCCAUCCCCUUCCGCCACACCACAGGGUGGACCAGGGUGAACCCCGACAAGGCUUGAAGCUUGGCAGAGGUGUCUAUGGCUCAAUGAGGGCCCUGGAUUGAUGAGAUCAGCAGCCACCUGGAUCCCCACCACACCACACACUAUACACACCACACACUAUAUGCACCACACACUAUACGCACCACACACACACCACACACCACACACACCAUACUGUACACACCACAAACACAUCAUACAUUAUACACCAUACACCACACACACCAUACACACUACACAAACACAACAUACACACCACACACACGCCAUACACACCACAUGCCAUACACACUAUACACAUACCAUACACACUAUACACACCAUAUACAACACACACACAUGCAUACCACACACACACCAUAUACAUCACACACCAUAAACACUACACACACACCAUACACACCAUAUAUCACACAUACACUACACACAAUACAUAACACACACAGUACAAACAUCACACAUCAUACACACCAUAUACCACACAUACACUACACACCAUACACCACACACAUACUACACACAUCACACCAUACACACUACACACACACCAUACACACCAUAUACCAUACAUACACUACACACCAUACACGACACACACAGUACAAACAUCACACAUCAUACACAUCACAUGCAUGCUACACACACAUCAUACACAACACAUACACUACACACAAUACACCACAAACCAUACACAUAUCACAUACACUAUAUACCAUACACACACAUACAUACCAUACACCAUGCACACAACACACACACUACAUUCACCACACACCAGGUGCCGCAUAUAUAUACCACACAGAAGACACACAAACACAUAUCUACAUGUGUAUGUAUCCCAUACACACACACCAUACACACACCCCACCCAGGUACCAGACACAUCUAUCACACAACACAUUCACUACACACAGAGCUACCACAUAUACCCACACCUCCAUACACACCUACCACUCCCCCAUUAUACACACCCCACACCCCAUAUACACACAGCAUACACAUACACACUACACACCAUCACAGUACACAAACACACAUGUGUGCACUGCAUGGUUCUUUGGGCCUCAGAACCCCUCAAGCUGAUGUCACACUGCAUCCCUGGGCUGGGGGCCUCCAGCCCCUCCCUGUGCCUGGUCAGAGGCCACCUCUGGCAGGCUCUCUGGCCACUUGGCCUCCACCCUGGAUGCCACCCUGGCACCCCACGGGCCCCAGUGGGCUCAUCCUGUCAAGUGCUUGCCAUGAACCCCUUGGAAUCCCAGUUCUGGGAUUCUAGGGCCGUCUCAGAGACUGGUCGCUAUGGGGCUGGGGCCCAGUGUUUCCCAGUCACAUCCCUGCCUCAUUUUGGACCCUGGUUUUCUUCUUUCUGGCCAGGGACAUCUGUACUUCCUGGAGAUGGUUCAGGACCUGCUCACCACGUAAAUGCCAGGACACAGCCACGAGGAAGACGGCCAGCAGGCGGGGACCCUGCCCCAGCAGGAAGCAGGAGAAGCAGCAGCAGCUUUAAAAUGAGCAGUGCUGUCGCCCACAUCAGGGGUCAACUCCUGCAGGUUCCGGCAGCCGUGUGGCACUGCUCCGUGCCGUCCUCCAGGGGGCGUCUGAAGCUUCUGAGCACCUGCUCAGGUCAGCUCCACACACACACACACACACACACACACACACACACACGCCUGAGAUCCCGAUAUUGCUCUAACUCGCUGAUGUCUCCACCGAGGGUGUGGAAGGACGGGGCACGGUGCCAGCUUGCUGGGUUGGCCCCACGGGAGUCCCGCUGUGGGGAGAAGGGCAGCAGGUGAGCACACAGCUGCCACACCUCAGGGGUCUCGUCUCCGACAGGAGCGAGCUCUGAGGCCACUCUUACCGCACAGUCUCUCUGGGCAGCGGCCUGCGGACCUCCCUCCCUGCAUUCUCGAGGCAUGCUGACUUCGGGCUGGGUGGGCUUGUGGGUGCCGUGGGCAGCACAGCCCAGGAGGGCCUCUCCCUCUACCCCUGCGCCAGCCUGGCUGAUUGGGAGCGAGCAGGUGGCAGCGUCUGGGGCCAGGACUGUGGCUGCAGCUCCCCCCACCCCCUUACCCCCGGGGGUGUGGGCCCCUUCCCCAGCCCUUGUAGCAAACUCCUCUUCUGCUCCCCGUGGCCACAGCUGCUCCGUGAUCCUUCCUUCACGGCUGAACAGUUUUGUGCCCUUUCUACUGGCAUCCAUUGGGAACCUCUCCGAGGGCCCUUAUCCAGUCCAGCGCUGCAGCCAGGGUGCUGCCCACUGCCCAGCUCCCCACCCCCACCCCAGGGAGCGGGGUGUCCUCUCACUGGCUCUCUGGCACUUCUGGGGUCCUUGCUCAUCCCCAGCCACCCAGAACCUGCCUCCCAUGCCCCCAUGCCUGGCUUGGUACUGUUUGGUUAAAACUUGUGGUUCCGAGGAUAAUGCAAUCAAAAGCAUGGGGCUUGUGAACUCUGCCUGAAGAAGGAUCCACACCUACAGCAGGGCUCACAGGUGAGCACGUGGAAGGAGCAGUGGGCACGCCUGGUGCCCCGCACUGCGGCUGAGGCCUCCCAGCCAGGUGCCCUCCAGUGCUGGGCCCACCCCCCCCCCAGCACACAGCCCUGCCUGCCCAGGGCACAGGCGUCUCCCAACAGUACCACCCGGACAUCAGGGUUUACGAGAGGGGCACCGCAGCGCCGACAGGGAGGACCAGGAGACCCCGCACUCAGCCUGCAUAGACCUCUGUUAUCAAGGGGUAGCUCCCUCUUCACCCCUUUCCCUGUGGGAUACGGAGCUGUUCAGCCCCGAGGCCUCUGGGAUCAGCACACCAAGCACUCUGUGAGCUGUGCUGGAUGAAAAGUAUCCGAGCUUGGAGGCCUGGGUGACAGAGUGGGAGUGGGCAGGGGGGUAAGGGAGGCCUCCAGGGCAGGGGCAGCAAUCACCCAGAGUCCUUUGCACAAGCCACACCCCACAGUCAGACCUGACGCCUUCACGGCAUGGUGAGCUUCGGCUGAAAAACCAGGGACCAGACUGGCGUGGACCUCCCCUCAUAAGCAACAAGAAAAUGUCCAGCACAGGCCUGGGGCAGGUUCCGGCCAUGGCCAAGGUCACAAAGGGAACCCAGCAGAGAGGCAGAAGAGAAAGCCAGGAACUGCACUCCCUCCUGUGUCUCAGUCAAACCCCUCCAGCCUGUCCCCAGCCUGUGAGAAGGCACAAGUUGGCUAUGACAAGCCAGGAGCUCACACUGGGCUCAUGACCCACGUCCCAUCUCCAGGGAUCUGGCCAGGCCCUCAGGCUCUGUCUGUGCCUGACAGCAAAGAGCAAAGAGGGCUCUGGGUGCAGCCAGACAAAGCCUGGAAAGGGUCCCGGGGAC